AUGGCAACCGACGUCCAACCGCCGACCUUCAAAGAGGCCCUGAAGCAGGACAGGGCGCAGUUCGACGACUGCACGCCCUGCCGCGUAGUGGGCAGCGCUACCUUUGUCGGCCUCGGCGCCUUCACGUACGUGUCCGGCCACUCGCAGUUGAAAGCACAAGAGGCUGUCAUCAGACAGAGCAAGAGCGUCUUCGGCAUGGGCAGCAGGAGGGCGGCCAUCACCACGACGAGCGCCGUGUUUGUCGGCCUGGGUGUGUACAGGUGGUUUGCCUGA